UCCACCAGGAGUGGCUAGGCAUGCGCAUACGCGUACCCAGAAAUGGUCCUUUCUUUCGCGCAAAACGCGGAAAUUUUAAUUAGAAUGUUCUUAUCUCGGAGCUGCAGCAGGCACUGCACAUGUGGUAGGUUGGAAGGAAGACGACGAUGAACACGUCCAAUGGUUGUUUCCAGGAGCUAUGUUAGGAACGUAUUUCUUGUGUCCUUUCUUACCAGCUUUGAUGAGAACCAUUAUAAUGCUCCCGUCUUACUCGGCGUCUGACUUUGUGGACGACGCUCUUGGUGCUACUGAAUCUGCACCUUACUUUAGCCUCCAGACAUCGAGUUGUGGCACAUCUGGAUACCGAGGUUGCAAUCUGACGUGCCUCGCAGCCACGGAUGGGAGAGCAUCCUUCUCCUGGUUUCUGGGUGGCACUCAAAUGGCAAGCGAACAGGAGUUCAGCGUUAACCUCCGUACCUCCCUUCUACUGCAGUAUAGCCGAUUCACCAUCGUAAUCACAGACGGCGUUCAAACAGUCUCUUGCAAAAUUCUCGUGGCAGAAUCCUGGUCUGUUGUUUUAUCAGCAGAUAUCGUCAGUGGGACCCCGCCGCUUCACCUUUUCUACGGGGACAAGUGCGCAAUGCACAGUCGCCAUUGUACUGGAUCAGGCCUCAUGUGCGACAUAUGGUCCUCUCGAUUCCCUCAGUGCUCUUGUGACAGCGGAACAUACCGCGAAGACGAAAUACGCAUGUGCCUCGGAGAGAAGAAAACAGGGGAGUCCUGCGUGUUGUCCAGACAGUGUCCGGCAGGGACGCAACGAUGUUUCGAAAAUAAAUGCGUUUGUGACAGGGACUUCGGCCUCGCAGGGGAGAGCUGUGUCCAGAACACGACACUUCACGGCAUUUGUGACGACAGCAGAAUUUGCACCGAUAACACGGAAUGCAGGGACAACGUUUGCCAAUGUCUGAGCGGAUAUUACGAGUACAACGGCGCCUGUUUCAAGCGAGUGCUCACGGCGCGACAACGCAGAACUGCCGUCUUAAUUAUGAUGCUGGCAACAUCGCUAGCGUUUGGCAUAACGCUCAUUUUACUUGGCGUGUACUUCUACAAGAAUUCCUACAGACCAUCGUCGAUGUACGAGAGAUCUGGUUCUACUUGGGACUUCGUUUCGGGUUCAUCAGCUUCGCGAAGGACGAGCAGCAUCAAUUCUUAGGGUGUGCCGCACAGCGCCGAUUCUCUCUAGAGUGCUGUUGACCCAGCUAUUGAGAUGGAAUGAUAGGUAGUGAUACAAUAUACGACCUAUAGAAUCCAAUGUGUCACAAUAGAAUAUUCGAACAAUAAAUGCGCUUCCGGAAAAGCAAGAAAACCACACAGCAUGAUCAAACGUGUAAAACAUAUUAUAGAAAUAGUAAUAGAAGAUACAGGGUGUUCCAGCUAAAUGCGAACAUAUAUUUCUAAAGACAUAGGGUGUCUUUUUUAGGCGAUAGUC